AUGUCAAUAGAAGAAAGUGAAUCACGAUGGAAUAUUGAUAUUGUUAAUGAAAAUGAUUUAAAUGAUUUAUUACCAUUAUUACGAGAAUAUUGUGAAUUUUAUAAUCAGACGGAAAACAUUUCUCAACCAACUGAUGAUGCACUUCUGUCAGUAUGUCGUGCACUUAUAGCCAAUCCAAAUCAAGAAGGUAUUCAAUUGAUUGUUCGUGAUUGUAAAGAACGAAAAGCAAUUGGUUUUGCAACUAUUUUUUGGGUGUGGUCAACAUUAAAAGGAGGUCGUCUUGCACUUAUGAAUGAUCUUUAUGUUAAUGAAAAAUAUCGAGGACAAGGUUUAGCUGAUCAACUUAUUGCUGCAUGUGCAAAAAAAGCACGUGAACAUGGAGAUUUAUGUUUAACAUGGCAAACAUCUGUUGAUAAUAAACGUGCACAAACGGUUUAUAAUCGAAGUGGUGCAUUGAAAUGCGACCGUUGGCUUGAUUAUUAUCUUGAUUUUCUCUUAUCAGUAUUCUGGUCGUUAUCUAUAACUCUGAUUGUAUGUAUUCUGUAUGGUUGUUGGAUGUAUUUUGAUCGAGAUACUGAUUCACAAGGAGGUCGAUGGUCUGAACGCUUACGUCGAUUAUCUAUUUGGAAUUAUUUUACAAAUUAUUUUCCUUUGAAAUUAAUUAAAAGUGAAGACCUUGAUGCAAACCGUAAUUAUAUAUUUGGUUUUCAUCCACAUGGAUCAUUUAGUUUUGGUGCAUUAGGUAAUUUUGGUACAAAUGCAACAUAUUUUUCUAAUCUUUUUCCAAAUAUUCGUUCACAUUUAAUGUUACUUCAUCUUCAAUUUUUAUUUCCAUUUACACGUGAAAUAUUACUUAAUCUCGGUGCAUGUUGUGUAUCAAAAAAUAGUUUUGAAUAUUUUUUAAAUGGUAAUCAAGGUAAAGGUCAUGCUUUAGUUGUUAUUAUUGGUGGUGCACGUGAGAUGUAUUUAACAAAAAAUGAUACAAUGAUAUUAUAUUUAAAGAAAAGAAAAGGUUUUGUUGAAUUAGCAUUAAAACAUGGAGCUUCACUCGUACCUGUUAUUUCAUUCGGAGAAAAUGAAUUAUAUCAACGAUCUACUUGUUUUAAUCUACCUUGGGGUCGAUUUAUAUUUGGACAUAUACCACUUCGACAUCGUAUAACCACUGUUGUGGGUAAACCAAUUCAUGUUAAACAAAAUAUUAAUCCAAUAUCUCAAGAUAUAGAUGAAAUUCAUAAUGAAUAUAUCCGAGCUGUAGAACAACUGUUUGAAUUCAAUAAAAAUAAAUAUGGUUUAGGACAUGUCAAUCUAGAAAUUGUUUGGUCAAACAGAUAA